AAUGACGUUUGCUUUCGUUGUAUCUGGAUGAGACUCCUGCAUCCAGCUAUGGUGUCGGUCUUGAAGCUGCCCGGUCGCCAGAGGAGGACUUUGCUGCACAGCGACUGGACAUCUGGCUGCUUUGCACCUCACGAGGGGUAGAACAAAGAGGCGUCCCACACCACUGGCUGCUGUGGAGGGCAGCUCGCGCAUCUGUUGCCUGGGUGAACUAACAUCACGUUAGCAUUUAGCUAGCUAGUUUGUGACCUAACAAUGAGCCUGUUUGGUAUAUGUGCCAAUGUCAUGUCGUGGUUGCGUUCGAAAGCAGUUCUUCACUGAACACACGUUCACGGCCUGACAGGCUGCGCUCAGAGUGGGACCAGAAAUGACUUUUAUGUAACCUUAAAAAGGCAGAUUUUAGGCAAGCACCGUUUUUUUAAAAUAAUUGUGGGCAAUGCGGUUACUGCAGAGCUUAGCCGCAUUGCCGGCAAAUUUGGAGUUUUUGCUUUCCAGCUUAUCUAAAUGUGUUUGAAAUUAACAAAACUGAUGGCUAUAAUCGAGUCAGUAAUCAGCUAGAAGGCCGUACUGUCAAUGGAAUCUUUCCUGCAGAUUGCUCCCCAUUCUCUGGCUAUUGUACUGGCCAGAGAUGGAGGUGCUGAGGCAUCAGCUGCAGCUGGUGUGUCAGAGAGCGACGAGCUUCCGAGACACCACACUGGUUAUGAGAUUUUUGCCGAUUUUAAAGCAGAAAACUCUCAGCAGCAUAUAUGGAACCAGCGGAUUACUGAAGCUGUGUCGGAGACCUUCUUCCUGGGAUGGAUAGAUGAACACGUGCUACUGAUCCAGGGAAAAGAAGACCAUCUGGAGGUGCUAAGAGAGGGAUGGAUGCGGAGAUCUCUUAACCCUCCGCGGGGCUUCACCAUCAAAUGCUUGGGUGAUGUCUCUCCCAUCAGUAUGUCCCCUAUAAGCCAGUCGCAGUUCAUCCCACUGGGAGAAGUUUUAUUAUUGGCUGUUUCUGCUAUGAAUUCUGCCCACAAGACUGUCACUCAAGAGGCUCUAACAGAACACCUGCAGACAUGUUUUCCAGGUGUUCCUACACCAACAGAGGAAGCCCUGCACCACACACUUAGCUUACUGGUCCGGGAGCGUAAAAUUUACCCAACACCCGAUGGAUAUUUCAUUGUAACUCCUCAAACCUACUUUAUCACCCCAAGUCUUAUUCGAACUAGCUCAAAGUGGUACCAUUUAGAUGAGCGAACAUCUGACAGAUACCUGCAUCAGAAACAACAGCGGCAUCAGCAAACUCAAUGCAUCUCUCCUCUUUCUGGAACCAUAACACCAUCCAAUUCAGGGGGGUUUCUAGAUUGCACACACACAAAGUCCAACCAAAGCCACUGUGCAGGAGGUGAUGAUUUUUUUUACAGCAGUGGUUAUCGUGCAGAUGAUCCACCCAGCCACCACACUACACUUCAGCGACGGUCUCCGAAAGAACACAGAGACGCAUACUCAUCACAGUACUCCCCACAAACACCUUCUCAGCAAGCAGCUGGCAACUCAGAAAAGAACCGUAGUUCCCUGGGAAUUCCGUUUAAGACAGACACCCUCAUCAAGCACCGAGGAGGGCCUGUUGGAGGACAUCCAGGAGGAGGAUCUGGGGAUCUAGACAAACAAACGCUGGGCAGUGCUACAGGUGGGAGAAAGUUUGGUUUGAAGUUGUUUCGUCUGAGUUUUAAGAAGGAUAAGGCCAAGCAGUUAGCUACCUUCUCUGCACAGUUUCCCCCUGAGGAGUGGCCACUCCAUGACGAAGAGGAACCCAACCACUUGCCCCGUCACGUAGAAAUGGAAAUUAUACGUAGAAUCAACCCUGACCUUACGGUGGAAAAUCUGGCCCGACAUACAGCAGUUAUGAAAAGACUUGAAGAAGAACGCACUCAGAGGAGCAAAGCAUCAUCAGCACAUCAGAGCUCCAGAAGUAGAAGAAGUGGGAGUAGGCACAGAAAGCAAUCUCAAUCCAAACUUAGUCGCUCACAGAGUAAGACAAGGGCAUUCCGCUUUGAAACAACUGAUGGUAUCCAUUUAGAGCUAGCUGACAAAGAUUAUAGAGGUUACUCUUCCUCACUUGCACGAUCACCAAGAGAGCAAGCUCUGGCUGUGGAGCGUCAACGAGCUCGACAUCACCUUGCACACAGCAUUCCCAACAUCCUUGACUCAUCUCAUUUGCCUGUCACACCAGAAUGGGAUGUAUCUGGUGAGCUAGCCAAGCGCCGCAUGGAAAUGCCUUUCCCUGAGCCAAGCCAUGGUCCAUCAACUCAUUAUUCCAAAGUCCACCGCUCACACUCUCACACUCAGGAGAGAAAAUCAAGAAAUGAACGCAGUAGCAAGGCUAAGGAACGUUCUAGAUCUAUGGACAAUUCUAAAGGGCAGCUAGAUGCUGGCUUGAUUGGACCACCACCUGACUAUUAUGAUGACCGCAGUCAUUAUUUUACUGAUGAUUGCACUCUACGAGCUAAUCAAAGCUCAUCUCACUACACUCGAACCACACCACCUUCAUCUAAGAUUGCAGCCGAUUCUGCUGGUUUGGAUGGUGCCAGAAAUUAUGAGAAGAUUAAGAGCAAGGACAGUUUACCAACAUACUCACCCAAACCUCUAUCUGCCUCCAACCCCUCUGAGGAUUAUUUUCAGUGUACUGGUAACUCUGAAAUUGCUCUUACAACAACAAUUAUAUUAGGAAUUCAAGGCAAAAACAGCCACAGUGGAUUAAUAGCAAACAUUACUGACAGGCAAACGGAGAGACAGACUUCCAGCCCCUCAAAUGAGGAUUUGUCAAAUGUUGGACCUAAAGGUGGAAGCCUACCUCCAAUACCUCUGUCUAACCCUGACCCUGCAAUUUCAAAUGGACAACCAUCCCACAGUGCCUCUGCUGGCCAGGAGAAACACAAGGAAAUUUUUAGUAAAGAUACGCUCUUCAAGCCGCCUCCCAGCCUCUCGCUGCCUGGCUAUAGCUCCUUGAGGAAACCUACAGUUCUUGCCUCCAUUACUCUAUCUUCAUCCUGUGACGCUCUUGAUUCCCACAAAGGAUUUGAUGCUCCUAAACCACUUAUAACAACUUUGUCUGUUCCCAAACAGGGAGUGGAGGCCACAUCUAGUGCUGCAGAGAACUCUUUUGACUACUACAAUGUCUCGGAUGAUGAGGAACUUGAAGAUGAAGGGACUAAAGUUCAAAAAGGAUUGGAAAAACCUAAAGGAAGUGUUUCUGAGGUGGAAGAAUGUGGAAUAGGGACCAUGCAGUGGCUGUUGGAGAGAGAGAAGGCAAGGGAUUUACAAAUGAGAUUUGAAAGAACUCUUACUUUCUCUGGUGUUCAAGGAAACCAUUCAGAGCCCCGCCAGAGCCAGCAUUCAGUCCACUCUGCUAGACUUGACAGUAUGGACUCCAGCUCUGUUACAGUUGACAGUGGAUUCAAUUCACCACGAACAAGAGAGAGCUUAGCAUCAAACACCUCUUCAAUAGUUGAAAGUAACAGACGUCAAAACGUAGCCCUGAGUCCUGGACACCUCAGCACCACAACUGGCAGCGGUCCUCCUUUUUCCUUCCAUGCUAUUUCAGAAUCUGCCACCACUCAACAGGAGAAACUACAGAAGCCCACUACCUGCCUUGCGUCAAUCACCAGCGUCUAGUAUCAGAACUAAGGGCUGAGUGAAGCACAAAGUCAGUGAAAACGGACAGAAAAUCCUAGAACCGCUCCAUCUGACUGCUACACCAUGAAACUGACAGACUGAACUAGGGAAGCUGUGAUAGAUCAACCGUGGGAAAAAGAGUCUCGAACAGUUCUUUCUCUGUCUUGCAGAUAUGAAAAUGUGCAGGCAUCAACAAAGACAUGCACAAAUGAACUGUAACCCACUUGUUGGAUUCGGUCUUUUACACACUAGUGCUCUAGCAUUUUUUUUAAUCAUAUAUUUUGGUUGAGGCAUGUGUGUGUCAAUAAUAUGUAUUAUCUGUAAUCUCAGGUUUGUUUGGGGGUUUUUUUCAGUCUCAUUUCUGUUUCUCCCAAUCAGUGUAUCUCCUUCUGCUGGUGCUACACAAAUGAGAGCUGUACCUCUGCUGAGUACUGUUACUGAUGCAUUCUAUUUAGUUGGCUUUUUCAGCUCUGGUGUCAUAUUAGCCACUUGCAGACACCCUUUAAGGCAAGACAGCAAGAAAAAAAAAAGAUUUUUCACACAUUGGUAUAUUUGUGGUAAUUUAACAUUCACAAGUCUUAUUUCAAGAUUUUCUGUAAAACUGACAACUUGUUGAUCUUACACUUUUUCAGAUAAAUGUGACAAGUCUUCUAGGGUUGAAAGUAUUAGAAAGUAAUUUUUACAGCUUUUUAAAAUGUGACAAAUUUGUGGUUUUAUUGCCUUCAAAACUAUUUUUUGGUAAAGAGAAUGUUAAAGACAAUUUUUACUUCUGCCAAUUUGGUGCUUCUUAAACAAAGCUUCCAUAGAAAAAAGCUUAUAAAUUAGAUGUUUAAAGCCCAACGAAAAUGUGUGGAAUUAGGUGCAUUAUUGUCAUAGACAAAUAAGUAAUCAGUAAAGGAUUUUUUUCCCCAAGCACUUUUUAAUCUAUUUAAAAACUGUACUAGAUAACUAUCUAGUAACAGAACCUGUAACACAUUUAUUACAACAAUAUUCAGGAAGGAGGUGGAGUCAGAUGAUUAAAAGCAAGCCUUAGUAUUUAGUUCUAUUUUAUUUCCACUGUGAAUUGAAAAAUGGAUGUUAUACAUUGAUGACCGCUUGUGUGUUGUAAGUAAUUCCCUACUUUAAGAAAAUGAGACAUUAAAUUAAUAAGGCAUUUCAAUUUAUUUAAAUAGUGCCUAUUUACUCAAAUAUUCUCUGGAGGCACUCUUCAAAAGGAAGACAUAUCAAACAUUUUAUAUGCAUAAAAUGUACAGUUUCAUACCAGCUAAUAAGUCACCCAGUUAAGUUCAAUUUCUAAUCAAAAUCGGUGGGAAAGAGCUUUCUAAGGAAACCCAGUUGGUUGCUUCGAAUCACUGACUUUGAAGCACUCAUCUCUCAUGAAUAAGUAGUUAGUGACAGUUGUUUGGGUUGCAAACAACCAUCCAAACUUAACAAUUGCGUUGUUAACUUUGCAGCAAUCCCUCAUACUGAGAAUCCAUGCAGCAACAGUGGAGACCUCCUGUUUUAAAUGUUAAAUGAACUAAACUUGUAUAGCGCUUUUCCAUUCAUUUUACCCACUGAAAGAGCUUUACCCAUUCCCACACACAUACACCACAGUUUGGUAAGCAACUUGGGGUUAAGUGUAUUGCACAGUCACCCCACAGUAUUUUUACAGCAAGAAACUUUCAGUGACCAUCUUUCAUAAUCAUAGCCAAUGGAAGCAGCCAUUGGCUAUGACUGGCUGAUGGUUUGAGAAGAUAGAGAUGCAUAAAACACAAAAACAAUGAUCUUGGAGAAACACUUGUAAGCAUAUGAGCUUGUAGUAAAAUUUAAAGAGUGGAAAACAGAGCCUGCUCAUACUUAGCUUCUGCAACUGCUGUAUGAACAAGAAUGAAUAGAGAUAGGCAGAGAAAUAUGUGUCAGCUAUAGCAAGGGAACAUAAAGUAGGUGGCAGCAGUAGCUCAGCUGGUAGUUUCCUUCAGGAAGGUGACAGCCAAAUAGAACAGGUGAGCUUAGCUUCCAUGAAAAGCAAAAACAUUGAGAUAAAGUUAAAAGGAGAUAUAAUGCAGAACUGGAGAAUAGUAGGAUAUUUUAACUGAGUGAGGCAAGGUGGUCCAGCAGCAUAACUUCCAAGAUAGCUCAGAAUAACCAACAAUUCUAUCAAAAGGGAACUCCUAGUCCUUAAACUACUGGAAGUUGAUAAAUAUGGACCUAAGUUACAGCAAUGUCUGAGCUGUCUGAGAUGAUUUUCCCAGCAGCAUGUUUGUGGAUUACAUCAGCUGUUAACCAGCACAGCUAAUUUACCUCGUUUCCUUUUACUGGCUCUUUUCAAUUCUCAGACAGCUUUUAUAGUUAAAAGCAGAAAACACUGAAUUCGGGGAUGUGAUUCUAAAGCAACUUCUCAGCAAAACACAUAACACCGCAUUUCCACCCUGUGUGAGUCCAUUUCAGCAUUUGAACUUCAUAUAUUUUAUUUGUCAGAGAUCUCAUACCCCCAGCUGUGAUGAUCAAUAGAAGAGAUUGUUUGUAUUUCCUCCUUUUCUUUCUCUCCACUUUGCUCCUGCUCUGUGUCUUCAUCAUCUAUUUAAUUCAUCUGAGAUUUGGGGUCUUAGUUUAAGUAGUAUUCAAGCUUUUGAGCUGUCGAUUUGUUUCUCUGUUGUAAAAAGAAGUGCCUUUUACUGCUAUAAUUACACGUCAUUGCAACUGCCCAAAACUAAAAAGUACAAGCAAAAAUUCUUCCUGCUGGAUAACAUUUAAAAACAUAGGGAAAGACUCCAGAAAGCCUGGUUUUCAACAGAAAAUAAGGGAAAGAGUAUGUAAAAAAACAAACAAAAAAAACCCAUAAGGAAUGUAACAGAGCUACUCCAACAAGGUGUUAUCUUGUGUAAUUCUUGAAUCAAUGGUGCUAUAAAUAUAUCUCAUCCAUGUACUUAAAGGUUUAUGCAGCACAAUACAGAAUGCAUUUUCCCCCACAGGAUUUAUACCAUUGCCUCUGUGACAGUGGCUAACUACUAAAAAUGCUAAUACCGAAUAAAUCAUUAGGUGAAAAAA